AUGGGUACAAUAGUUUGUUCAAUAAAUGGUUUGAAGAAGAAGAAGCAGAAGCAGCACAUAGUUGGAGAUUCAAUAUGGUCUAUUCCUCCAACCAACCAUUUCUACACCAACUGGUCCUCCUCUUACUCUUUUCACACCGGCGAUUCCCUCUAUUUCGACUUCGACUCGGGGCUUUACAACGUGAUUCAAGUUCCGAGAGGAGAGUUCGACAGUUGCAGCGGAGAUCAGCCGUUGGAUGCUUUCAUGGAGGGCCCGACAACUGUCGCUUUGCCGCGAAAAGGGGUUUACUAUUUCGUAUGCAACGUCUCGAAUUACUGCGAAUUGGGAGUGAAGGUUAGUGUGGUUGUUGUUGAUGAAAUAAUUAGCAACUCCGUUGAUUAUUCGAUAAAUACUCCAUCUCCUUCUCCGCUUGUUGAUGCUCAAAGUCCGUCGCCUGGUUGA